CUGGAACGGAUCUCUUGGACUUGCUGGUUCUAAAUCGGCCCGAAAUACUUCUGGCCAAUGUUUACGUUUCGAUUAGGGAUUGUGAGUGCGUGUUUUUUUCGAAAAAGGGGCCAUUUCGCAGUCAUUCGUGAGUCAGAGCCGGGGUUGAUAAAGGCAACGAGUGAUUCAACGAUCCCAUGGUGAACUCCAGCAGUGAAGCGUGACGAAGCAACAGCAACAUCGGAAAGUAUAGUGAAGUUCAGUGCAUCGAUGCAUCGACGGCAGGCAGAAGGGUCUUUGCUCUAAUCGACAACAAAAGUGUUAAAAAUAGCAUUCAAAAUAAGUCACACGCCAUGGGAGUUCUGCGGGAAGAAGUCGUAGUCGUAGUCUAGUUUCGAGUGUGGUCUAGUUUAGUGUUCUGGAAGUAGCUCGUGGGCAGCCAUGGGAAACACUCAAGCAUCGACAGCUGCUGGACCGGGCGAUGGCUCGAAAGGUAGCGCCCCGAAGCUGCCCAAGCAGACCCUGGUCAAGGGACGUAGCUUCAUGAAGUUUGGCAAGAAAAAACAGCUACUGCUGGUGGACCACGACGGAACCUCGACGAUGGCCAUCGAGUGCAGCAGCCGGUCCGACGUCGACACCGAAGAUGGCUUUUCUCACAUAUUGAUCGAUGGCUCGACAGCAAUAACAACAAAGCCACCAACAACCCCAGCAUCUUCCUCGGGCCAAGGUCACCAGUACGGUGGGUUGUCGGAAUCAGCUGACUCGUUGCUACUGGCGGAAGGGGGCAUCACGACGCGCGAGAGCGAAUUUGCCAGCUUCGAGACCGCCAAAUCUUUCUAUGACGACGAAGGAGACCAGCAGCAGAAGAGCAUCUCCAACGGCAACAGUAGGGACGCUAUCUAUGAUGUCCAAUGUCCAGCAGCAGCAGCUCAAGACGCAACUCCGCUAGAUUCCGAUAGUGCGAUGCGUGAUGACGCAGCGGCAAUAGCCAAAGCCCACACCGAUGACGUCGUUGAUGUGACGUCACCGAUCCCCAACGCAGCACAAGCACAGAGAUGUUCCGAAGAAGACGACCCCAACAAGUCGCUGACCUGCUCCUCAUCCAACAACAAGAACCGGUCUUCAGUGCCGACACCAGCACAACCAAGAACACGCCCCAAAGCAACACCAACAUCAACGCAGGCCGCGGACCACAACAAAUCGCCGGCUUACGCUGCUGCUAUAGCAACUAAGCCAAACAGUACCAAACUGGUUCUGGACGCGGACGGUAGUAAGAGCACUAGUGGCGCGACCAACUCCGUGUCCGUAAUUGUAACGACCGACUCGUGGAAAAGGGCGAAAUCACUGAGCGAGAACGUGGCCACGGGUCGUUGCGAUUCGGCUUCGGUGGACCAAACAGACAAUAAAGACCGUCCCACCAGGGUGAUCCACCUGCUGGAACACACCACAUCGUCCAGUUCGGAUUCGAUCUUCACCGAUCCGUCCACGCCGCUGGGAGCGUUCGCCACGGAAAUCAACGAGGCUUACUACUCGGAGGAAGAUCUGGUCGAGGCCCAGGAAGAGUCCACUCCGGUGAGGAAGACCCCGGCCACGAUCAGGCUCGAUCAGCUCAGCGUCCACAAGAUCGAGUCGAUCGACCUGAGUGCAAAACGGUUAAAGUGUGAUGACGACGAUCAGUGGUGGGAUCGCCUGACGAUCGCUAAUGUUUCGAACAUUUGUGUGAAAAGUGACAAAGAUCGACAAGGUUGGUUGGAAAAGUGUAAAGUGGAAAAUGUGAACAACAUCAGUGUGGAUGGUCAGUGCGCAGAACUAGAUCAGGACGAAGAUCGAGUGGACAUGGCGUUGAAUUUCCGUAAUCUGGUUUCCCCUUGCGGGACGGUAUUCCAAGCAGAUGGUCUCGGAACACCGACGGAAGAGUCCAAGGACAAGAGCAUCUUCAACGUGGCUCGCGUGAAGAAGGUCGAACUCACAGAAAUCAAAACUCCAAGCUCGCUGUACAGCACACCUCUCCCCCUAACGCAAACGGUUGAGCUGAACCGGUGCAACACCAACGCAAACGCUGCCAGUUCUGACCCACCGCAAUGGAUCACCACCCCGAAGCUGCCCGCCGGCGAAGGGAACGUCCUGCGAAAGGUGGUGUCCAUCACGUCGGGGAAAGUGGGCGAAAGUGGAGGCAGCAUUGGUGGUGGUGGCGGCGGAACGCCGAUGAGCCGAAUUUCCCGGCCCUCAUUCGUGCCGGAGAAGCUCAACUUUUCGGCGUACGAAAAGUUUGAAGGUCAAAUGCUGAUGAAUUGGUUGGCCUCAACGCUGCAGUCCACGAACGUGACGGUCAACGAGCAGGAGCUAAACACGGUGAUGCUCCAGUACUGCACCAACCUGAUGGUGGCCGGAGUGAUCAAGCAGAUCCCGGACAAGCUGGCGCCGCUUCAGGAGACGUUCAGGCCCAAUCUCAUGUACCAGUGGACGCACACGGAGAUCCCAUCCCCAGCACCACUAACACCGGGCCGCCUAGAACCUCACGUCGUGUGGCCACACGCCCCUCCAGCCGCAACGACCAGAUCUUCAGCGCCACCUGCCCCCACCGCAGCCGCUUCCCCUUCGGAAGUUCCCCCAGACCUUAACCUUGGCGAUCCCAAAAUGACCAUCCGAACAAGCACUCCAAAGGCAGCCGCAGCCUCCAAGGACAAGGUUGUUCUGGACGAGCUGAAGAACAAAGUUGGCAAGUGUGUGUCGUUGAGUGACGUGCGAAGACUAAUCCGGACAUUUAUCAGUGAGCCGGACAAUUGUGCCGGAAACGGUUCGGCGGAUUCCUCCAUGUGCUUGAACAGCUCCGUGCUAAACGAAACCGACGUGACGCUGUACCAGUUGAACCAGAACCGGGAGCCUGUGGUAUUGGAAGAACCGAAGACACCUCCGAGGGCACCUCCGGUGGUCACCGUGGAGCCGGCUAUGCCACGUAUUACCGAUCAGCUUGCCCCAGUGUGUGAUGCCAACGUGAUUAACGCCAGCUUAGCUAACCGUACUGAUAUCCCAAGUGAUCGCGUUGUGUUGCCGGAAGUUAACCCUAGUGAAAAUAACCGGACUAACGGCACCACUGCAACCAUGUUUAAUAACAACCUUAACGAAACCGAAACCACGAUAUUUGUCUGCCAAAAGUGUUGCCAGAAAUCGGUGGCCACCGGCGAGCAAAGUUCCUGCACGGAGUUGGGUGCCUCCCUCCAAAACGGUACUUCCGGUCCAACUCCCAACGUUUCCACGCAGGAAACCCAAACCGAACCGGAACCCGAAACCAAACCGAGUAUCCCCGCUGUCACUGCCCCGCCGCCCCCACCUCCACCCCUUCCUCCACCUCCCCCUCCCCCACCGCCACCAUCAAUGUCGCUUCCGGGAAAACCUCCAGCCUGCCCUCCCAUGCCCCCGCCCCCGCCCAUGCCAAUGGCGAACGGAGCCAUACCUCCGCCCCCUCCUCCCUUUAUGCCACCACCACCACCUCCAGCACCACUCCUCAACAGCAACAGUGCCGGCGGCGCCGGAAGUGUUCCGCCGCCACCGCCGCCCGGUGUUCCCGCGGGACCAGGUAAAUUACCGUCAAACGCUAGUGGCCCAAGCCAAGCCGCCGGCCACGGGUCCUCGGCAGGUCCUCCACCACCAUUACCAUUACCCAUACCAACGCCCGGAGGAUGGUAUCAGACCAAUACACUUCGCAAAACCGCCGUAAAUCCCCCGAAAUCCAUGAAACCCCUCUACUGGACCCGAAUAGUAGCGCCAAAGGUCCUCACUCCAGUUACGGAGACGGAUUCUGCAAUGCCCACUGUUGGCGAAAGCCCGCCGGAAGAAUCCAAACCCGAGCUGUGGCAAGAACUGGAGGAGACCAACCUGGACAAUUUGGACGAGUUUACUGAGCUGUUCUCGAGGCAGGUGGUUAUUCCAAAGGUCAAGGAAAAGGUCGAAAAGCCGGAGAAGACGAUCAAGGUGCUGGACAGCAAACGAUCGCAGAACGUCGGGAUCUUCGCCAAGAGUUUGCACGUGGACUUUAACGAGAUCGUGUUUGCGAUUUAUCACUGCGACACGUCGGUGGUGAGCUUGGAGGCUCUCCAGAAGAUCAUGGAGAUCAAGGCGACCGACGAGGAGCUCGCCCAGAUUAAGGAUUGUGCCGAGGGAAACAUUCCGCUCGAUCCACCCGAGCAGUUCCUGCUGAGGAUUUCGAAUAUUUCUUCGUUUUCGGAACGGAUAUCCUGCAUUGUGUUCCAGGCGGAGUUUGACGAGCAUUACAUCUCCGUCACCCGGAAGCUCGAAACGGUCAAGAAUACCUGCGAGUUUCUGAUCGACAACGAACAGCUCAAGCAUCUGUUUUCGAUUAUUUUAACGCUCGGGAACUACAUGAACGGUGGCAACCGGACACGUGGCCAAGCGGACGGGUUCGGGCUGGAAAUCCUCGGAAAAUUGAAGGAUGUCAAAUCGAAGGACAAUAACAUUACGCUGCUGCACUUUAUCAUCAAAACGUACAUCAGCCAGUGUCGGAAGAAUGGCUGCGUUCCGUUCGAAGUGGAUCUUCCGGUGCCCGAUCCGGGCGAUCUGGAUCGCGCCGUUGUGGUGGACUUUGAUGACUGCCGGGCUCAGCUGAACAUGCUAAAGUCGAAAACUGACGAAUGUCGACGCAUCACCGAGAAGGUGAUUUCCGAGUCCGCCGAGAGUAACAUCCAGCCGUUUAAGGAAAAAAUGGACACGUUCAUCGAGGUUGCGACCAAGCGCAUCGAGAAGCAGUACCGGAAGCUGGACGAGUGCCGGGAAAUCUUCACCAAAACGAUGAUCUUCUACAAGUUUACGCCCAAAACGGGCACGCUCGAGGAGUGCAAACCGGAGCAGUUCUUCGAGCUGUGGACGUCCUUUUCGCACGACUUCAAGAGCAUCUUCAAGAAGGAGAUCCUUCAACUGCACAACGAACUACACAAAAAGGCGAAACCCCAACGACCGCCGCCCAGUGUAUCGAAGCAGACGACGCAGGGAAAACUAAAGGCUGGUUCCUUGAAAGAGCGUUUGAAACGGCUCAGCAGCAAAAGUUAGGUCGUUUUUUUAUCAGUGUGACCACGUUGUCGUGGGGCAGAGAAGAAAAUAAAUGUUAGUUUCGAGAAAAAAAUACGCUUACUCAUCGCACUCAUCCAGGCCGACAUCAUCGUUUGUAAUUUUUUAUUUAAAAAUCGACCCAUCAUCACUUAAGUUUGGUAAGAAUGAUCUUUUCUUUGUGGAAAUGAAUGUUUAUAGUGGCAAUCGUUAAGCUAGCUGCGCUGAAAAUCAAUAAGUAAAACCUAUUUAUGAAACGUUUAUAUUUACUACUCAGAACUAUUUAUAAACCAAUGAAGCAUAUAAUAUGAUAGAUUACAUUAGAGAGAAGCAUAAAAGACGUAUUUUAUUAUGAAUCUACGCACUGAUUGACCAUAUCUAAGAAGAACUUGUGUACCAAUAUAUAUGCAAGCUUGCUGAAAACAGCAGUAGAUAGUGAAAGACUAAAGUUUUCAUCAAAUAAAAAACUAAAAGAUCAACAAAAAACAA